UCCCUUUCUCUCUCUCUCUGUUUUCCAGAAAGCGACUUUCUGCUUGGCGCCUGAGAUCUGAAGACUACAGGCGGAACUGCUGGGCUCUCCUCUCUGCCUUCUCACAGGGAGGGGAAGUCUUUACGUGGAGGGAGAUGCUGUAGACGUCCAAAAGGCAAACACAAGCAGUGGAUGUGGCAGCCUAUCAUCCUGUCCCCAAGGACACAACGCCAUGAAGGGACCACUGGUACACAGUAUUUUUUGGCUUAUUUGCCUAGUAUUUCAGACUUCUAGAACUGAGAGAAAGGCCGAAGAGGGGCCCGGAAUUCCCACACGACCACCAUUCUGGGAUCAGUCUUCUAGAACUGAAUAUGGCUAUCAGAGACACAGCAAGCAGCCAGGAAGGUCGGAGUGUGUUCGCUGCUGUGAUCCUCCUGCAGCACAUCCCAUGUAUUACCCCGUGCCUCAGAUCAACAUGACCAUCCUGAAAGGUGAGAAAGGGGACCGUGGUGAUCGUGGCUUCCAAGGGAAGUUGGGAAAAGCCGGCGCAGCAGGCAAGAAGGGUGAGAUGGGCUUCAAGGGGCAAAAGGGCAACAUGGGAUCACCUGGAGAGAAUUACAAAACCAACUACGCUGCCUUUUCGGUGGGUCGGCGGAAACCCUUGCAUAGCAAUGACUAUUACCAGAUACUUGUCUUUGACACUGAGUUUGUGAACCUCUACAGCCACUUCAAUAUGUUUAUGGGCAAGUUCUACUGCUAUGUCCCGGGCAUAUAUUUCUUCAGUCUCAAUGUGCACACCUGGAACCAGAAGGAGACCUACCUCCACAUCAUGCACAACACAAAGGAAGCAGCCAUCCUAUAUGCACAGGCUAGCGACCGAAGCAUCAUGCAGAGCCAGAGCCUCAUGAUCGAGCUGCAGGACCAGGAUGAAAUCUGGAUACGGCUCUUCAAGGGUGAACGUGACAAUGCUGUGUUCAGUGAUGAAUAUGACACCUACGUCACCUUCAGUGGAUAUCUGGUUAAGCCCAGCUCAGAGCCUUGAAUCAGCUAGCAGGUGGGCAGCUUGUUCCUAUCAGCUUUGGCUUGUCUCCUUUUAUUUGCUGAUUUCUAGCACUGCUUGCUGCGGGGAAGCACUCACUUGCACUGGAAGCACCCACAGAACUCGGACCUUGAUGAGAUAUUCUAAACUAGGAUCUCUCUUUUGAUAAACAUGGCUUUUCUUCUACAUCAGCCUUACCUAGUGCUCUCCUAACGUGAUGGACUAGAACUUCCAAGAUGUCCAGUUUGUCUGGUUACAGUUUUCAGUCUAGUUAGGAUUGAGGCUUUGGAAAGACGUAAUCCAACACAUCUUGAGGAUCCCAAACUGGAGAUUGAAUCUUAUUAGUUUAUCUUGAAUUUCACUGAUCAAACACUCAUAUCUUCCCAGAUUAUAACCGUUCUGACCUAGGUUUCCCAAGAGCAUGAAACAAACUCCUUGUCCCGACAAAAAAACCUUUUAUUAAUUUACU